AUGUCACCUGGUGAGAGUGCGACCGCGAGCUCAUCCAAAGGGAGCCUCGAGACCCCACACGAACGGAUACCUCACCUGUCAAUACCUUCUGUCCUCGAACCCAACGAGCCGAAGCCAGGUCUCGUCGAUGCAGCAGCGACGGGCCCACCGUUCGCCUCGGCGCUCGCAGCGGGUGCUCUUUCGGGUCUCACCGUCGAUCUGCUCUUCUUCCCGAUCGACACCAUCAAGACUCGCCUGCAAUCCUCACAAGGCUUCUGGGCGGCAGGUGGAUUCUCCGGUGUCUACCGCGGGCUCGCCUCGACAGCAGUAGGUUCCGCUCCCGGUGCUGCCGUCUUCUUCACCACCUACGAGUCGAUGAAGCCGGCGUUGGUGCGGUGGGCGCCGGGCGUCUUUGGACGCGAUGGCACUUUGGGACCUGCAGGCGUGCAUAUGGGCGCAGCAUCGAUUGCCGAAACAGCGGCUUGCCUCAUCCGCGUGCCCACCGAGGUGAUCAAGUCUCGACAGCAGACCAUGACGUAUGGCAAGGGAACAACCACGUUCCAAGCAUUCAAGAAGGUCUUCCAAGAAGCAGGCUUGAGGGGCUACUACCGAGGAUUCGGCAGCACCGUCGGCCGUGAGAUUCCCUUCACUUGCAUCCAAUUCCCGCUGUAUGAGAGGCUCAAGCUCGAAAUGGCUCGAUCGAGAGCGAGAUCGCAGUCGUCUUCCACCACGACCCUCUCGGAUGAGCAGCUCGUGCGCAAUCUUCCAACAUGGCAGGCCGGACUCGCAGGAAGCAUCGCAGGCGCCAUCGCUGCCGGCCUCACUACACCGCUAGACGUGGUCAAGACGAGAAUCAUGUUGCAUACCAAGCAUGCAGCCGGUGUCGGAUCGUCCGCCGCUGCGGCCAUGGUCGACUCAUUGCCGCGCGGUGUCAACACGGAUAUCAUCCCAACUCUGUUGCAUAUUGGCAGGACAGAAGGCGUCAAAACGCUGUUCAGCGGAUUUGUGCCGCGAACGAUGUGGAUCGGCCUGGGCGGCGCUGUCUUCCUCGGCACGUUCGACGCCGGAAUUAAGGCACUUGCAUGA